ACCCGGCGGCGCGUCGGAUUCGAACGGUCGUGCGGGAGGGAAGGAGCGACGCGGCAUGACGGGCUCGGGGGCCUUGCUUCGCCAGUGCCCGCUGCUGCUGCCUCAGAACCGGGAGGGGACGGCCUACGAGGGCUUCGUCACCGCGCAGGGUAGAGACUUCCAUAUCAGGAUACUGUUACCAAUGGAUUUUCAACUGAAAAAUGCAAGGAUAGAGUGUAGCUGGCACCUAAAGAAGAUACUGCAUGGAUAUCAGCAUAUUUUAAAGCAGAGGUUGCACAGCUGUCCAGAUCUUGUCAGUUUUAUGGUGGAGCUGAAAACUAUUUUGGAAAUUGCUUUAAAGAAUACAGAAGACCUGCAUAUACCACGGCCACCAGAAUACUACUCCUGUCUUGUCAGAGAUCUAGAAAUACUGGGUUGGAAUAAUUUUCUUUUCCCUUUCAGAGUUGCAUAUGUGGAUACUGGUCUUACCACAAUCAAGCUAAAGGCUGAAGACUCUUGUGGUCGACAGCAUCUCAUGACUCUGAAGUUAAAUGCAAAGUAUCCAACAGAACCACCAGAUUGCCUUGUGGAUUUUCCUGUUCAGUUUGCUAUUUCUUGGAUGCCACAGAACUCUUUAAUAGACGUUUAUAACCAGUUCCUGGUGGCAUUAGAAUCGCUGAAAGAAUUCUGGGAUGCCGUGGAUGAAAUUGAUGGGAAGACAUGGGUGCUUGAGCCAGAAAAUCCCACACGGAGUGCUACAACAAGAAGAAUUGCAAUAGGGAACAAUGUCUCUGUGACCAUAGAGGUAGAUCCUCGGCAUCCAAGCAUGCUCCCUGAGUGUUAUUUUCUUGGAGCAGAUCACGUGGUUAACCCUUUGAGAAUUAAGCUGAACAACAAUAUGCACUUAUGGGAUCCAGAAAUCAGUUUAUUACAAAACUUGAAAGACCUCUUAGAAAUUGAUUUUCCAUCUCAUGCUGUGUUAGAAAAAAGUGAUUUUGCUAAGGACUGUGGAAUCUGCUAUGCCUAUCGACUCAAUGGCACUACUCCAGAUCAAGUGUGUGAUGAUCCCCGAUGCGGACAACCUUUUCACCAGGCUUGCCUCUAUGAGUGGCUACAAAGUCUUCCUUCUAGCAGACAGAGUUUUAAUGUCAUCUUUGGUGAAUGUCCAUAUUGUAAUAAGCCACUGACGCUGAAAUCUUCAGUGAAGAAACUUUGAGGGAAAAACUGUGUGAUGGGCACACCGCUGCACUUACACUGAAGACACUGAAACAGUGACAUCAAAGAAAAUACAAGGAAAGUAAUAUUAGUAGCAGAAGUACAAGUAUAGCUAUACUGUAGUGGUAUGUUUCGUCAGCAAAUGCAAGCCUAAAUAUAAUGGACAUCGAAGGACUAGUGAUGUCAGAACCAGUUUCUUGCAGUGAUACUGGAUGAUCUGUAGUUAAGAGUUGAUUGUGUUUCUUUUUGGAUUCUGAGAAUGUUGCUUGGGGGUUGAAUGGUGGUAAUUCUCUUGCAGUGUCUUUCUGCAGGAAAAGAAAAUAAAUAUGGUAAUAGCAAACUUAAUAUUGAAUAAGCGAGUGUGAAUUGGAAAAACAAAGACGUGAAAGACGACAUCUAGGUAUUUAAAUUAUCCUGGAGAAAGCAAGACAAUUCUUACAAAGUCUUAACUCUGGAAUUUGCAGGUAUAAGUAUAUUGUAUAUUAAGUGUACAACAUUAGGUAUGAUUAAACACCCUCUAAGGAGACAUACUCUAUUACUGAAGUCAACAGCUGAAAUCCUUCCAUAUCUUUAACUUGUUUCCAAAUAAUGUUAAUAUUUUAAGUCUUUACAGUGUUCCUGCUAAUAAAGUUUAGCCUGGAAACCCUA